AUGUAUCUGUCUAGAUUGCUCGCGUUAUUCCUGGUCGGAUUUCUCAUCUACCGGUCAAUCAAAGCCAGAGUUCGCAAGCGUCAAAUCAGACAGAAAGAGGCUCAGCUAGGAUGUCUACCGCCGCCGGUCUUCAAAUUGACCAAUGGCCUGGGUCUGCCUAUAAAGAAGGAAUCUAUACAGGCAACAAACGAAGAUCGGAACCCACAGUACAUCAUGGAAGCAAUGGACAGCAUCUCUCCCGACUGCCAUACCGUCCGCGUACCCAUAUUUGACUACGAAAUCUUCGUCACACGCGAUCCAGAAAACAUGAGAGCCAUCUUUUCCACGCAAGCCAAAGACUUUGACAUCUCCUACUUCCGUCAAUUGAGCUGGUUACCAAUGAUAGGCAAGGGCAUCUUUACCACUCGCGGAUGGGACUGGAAACAUUCCCGCUCACGUCUCCGGCCACAAUUCGCGCGAGACAUUGUGUCAGACGUGGAUCGAGAACAGAGACAUGUGAUGGCCUUGAUGAAGAGAUUACCCAGUGACGCAAUGAGCAAGUGGACCGAAAAAGUAGAUUUACAACCACUCUUCUUCAAUUUCACUCUCGACACUGCCUCGGAGUUCUUAUAUGGUCUAUCCGUUCAUUCGCAGCAGGGUACCAAAGAAGGCAUUGAAAUGGCUGCGCAUUUUCACAAUGCUAAAAUGGCUGUCCAUAGGCGCAUUGAGCUUGACAAAUUCUACUGGUUGAUCAACACGAGCAAGUUCCGUAAGGCAUGCAAUAGUCUCCAUAAAUGGGUUGACGGGAUUGUGGCGGCGAGACUUGCUCAACUCAAACAGCAGCAAGAGAAAAGUGGUUAUGGUGACGAUGAGCCCAAACAGCAACGAUUUGUAUUGCUUGAUGAACUGGCCAAGUACACUCAGGACUUGAAUGAACUCCGCGGUGAGACUCUGAAUGUCCUCGUCGCCGGUCGUGAUACCACCGGAUCUCUUCUAGGCUGGGUAUUCUACUUCCUUGUUCGUCAUCCGGAGGUUUAUGCCAAGUUGCGAGAGAUAGUCAUUGAUACCUUUGGUUCCCAUCCAACCCGUACAAAGAUUGAUUUCAACAUCUUACGCAACUGUGCAUACUUGCAACAUGUCAUGAAGGAAGCUUUACGCAUCGCAACGGUCAUCCCCAUGAAUGAAAGAGUGGCGUUGCGAGAUACAACUCUUCCCGUUGGCGGGGGUGAGGAUCGAAUGGGGAAAGUGUUCAUUCCUGCUGGUACGCAGAUCCUGAUCCCUACGUAUGCGAUGCAGCACCGACGUGACCUUUGGGGUCCGGAUGUGGAGGAAUUCAAGCCUGAGAGGUGGGAGUCGAAGAAACAGCCUGGAUGGGAAUUUAUUCCUUUCGGUGCAGGUGAUAGGAAAUGCUUAGGUCAACAAUUCGCUUUCACUGAGACAGGCUAUGUCAUUGUCCGUUUCUGUCAACGUUUCGACAGGAUGGAGAAUAUGGAAGAAGGUGAUGGUCGGAUUCGGCUUCAUCAUGCGAUCGAGAAUAGAAGCGGAACAGGUGUGCAGGCCAGGUUGCAUGAAGCGGAUUACGAGUAA